UCUAAGACUUGUAGUUUCAGUUCCUGGGUCAUGGGUAUUUUCAGAUUUUUCAAACGCUUCCAUGGCCGACACAUGGAAAGUUCCAGAAUCACAGUUUUCCCACCCGGGUAUAUUCAGAGGAGAGCCUUGUCAAGCUCAAAGUUCUUCAACAAUGGCGACAGUUCGGUGCUUCCGGUUCUUAUUGUCGGUGCAGGGCCUGUGGGUCUCGUCCUUUCGAUCCUUUUAACCAAAUUAGGGAUCAAAUGUGCGGUUUUGGAGAAAAACAAGAAUUUCUCGAAUCAUCCACAAGCACAUUUCAUCAACAACCGAUCUAUGGAGGUGUUUCACAAAUUGGAUGGCCUUGCAGAGGAGAUACAGAGGUAUCAACCACCAGUAGAGUUAUGGAGAAAGUUCAUAUAUUGUACUUCACUCUCUGGUUCUGUUCUUGGUUCAGUUGACCAUAUGAAACCUCAAGAUUUUGAGCAAGUUGUUAGCCCAGUGUCUGUUGCACAUUUCUCCCAGUACAAGUUGAUGCGGUUACUGCUUAAGCAGCUUGAAAAUCUUAAUUUCCAAGUUCGUGCAUCCGAAGAAUUGGAAGGCCUUAACCACGGGAUUCCCAGGGAAAGGGAGAUUUUGAUGGGUCAUGAGUGUGUGUCCAUAGAUGCCAAUAAUGACUAUGUUACUGUAACUGCGUCAUUUUUCAAGAACGGGGAGUAUAUAAAGAGGAAUAUCCGGUGUAAUAUUCUUGUUGGUACUGAUGGUGCUGGAAGUACUGUACGUAAGCUUGCAGGAAUAGAAAUGAAAGGUGAAAGUGACUUGCAAAACCUUGUUAGUGUCCAUUUCUUGAGCAGAGAUCUUGGCCAAUACUUGCUCAACAAGACACCUGGCAUGCUGUUUUUUAUUUUCAAUACUGAAGCCAUUGGCGUCCUUGUUGCACAUGAUCUCAAGGAAGGCGAAUUUGUUUUCCAGAUACCAUUUUAUCCACCUCAACAAAAUGUUCAUGAUUUCAGUCACAAGAUGUGUGAGGAGUUAAUCUUUAAACUGGUCGGUCGAGAGCUAGAGGAUUUAGAUGUGAUCGAUAUAAAGCCAUGGGUUAUGCAUGCUGAAGUCGCGGAGAAGUUUCUAUGUUGUGACAACCGAAUUGUACUUGCUGGUGAUGCUGCUCAUAGGUUCCCUCCUGCUGGUGGAUUUGGAAUGAACACUGGAAUUCAGGAUUCUCAUAACCUUGCCUGGAAAAUAGCUUCCGUUGUAAAGGGUAUUGCACCAUUUUCAAUACUUAAUACUUAUGAAACGGAACGUAGGCCGGUUGCCAUUUUUAACACGGAACUUAGUAUUCAAAACUUCAAAGCAGCCGUGGCAGUUCCUGCUGCACUUGGUCUUGAUCCAAAUAUUGCGAACUUGGUCCAUCGUGCUAUUAACGAGGGAGUUGGUGCCGUUCUACCAUCUGGACUACAGAGGGCAAUUUUGGAUGGAAUCUUUUCAAUAGGCCGUGCGCAACUCUCGGAAUCUCUUCUGAAUGAAGAGAACCCAAUUGGGUCUUUAAGGCUUGCUAAACUAAGACAAAUAUUUAAUGAAGGAAAGACCCUUCAACUCCAGUUCCCUGCAGAGGAUCUUGGUUUCAGAUAUCUUGAAGGAGCACUUGUUCCCGAUCAUGAUAGCGUCACGAGUACUCUUGAAGCACCUACUGGUCGUCGGAGAGACUAUAUUCCUACUGCAGAUCCAGGGUGCAGACUGCCCCAUAUGAAUGUGAGGGUAUUUUCAAAUUCCUCAAGCAAGCAGAUCAUUUCGACCCUUGAUCUUAUAUCCGUAGACAAAGUGGAGUUUCUUCUCAUUACAGCGCCUAUCGAGUCGUCUUAUUGUCUAGCUCGUGCUGCACUAAAGGUGGCUGAGGAAUUCAAAGUUUUUAUCAGAGUCUGUAUGCUUUGGUCUGGCGAUAAUUUUAAAGGAAUUGAAGUAGGAAGCAAGGCAUCAUUGGAACCUUGGGAAAAUUACAUAGAUGUUUUGGAGGUUAAGAAGUCAGCCACUUCAUUGUCAUGGUGGGAAAUCUGUAAGAUGACCAACAGAGGAGCCAUCCUUGUUAGGCCCGACGAGCACAUUGCUUGGCGUGUGAAAUCAGGAGUUGUUGAGGAUCCUAUAAACGAAAUGAGAAGGGUUUUUUCUGCUGUUCUGUGUUUGAAGUAAAGGGAAAUAUAGGA